AUGGCUCGAAUGAACAGACCAGCCCCUGUGGAGAUUACCUACAAAAACAUGCGGUUCCUCAUUACCCACAAUCCCACCAACGCCACCCUGAACAAGUUCAUAGAGGAGUUGAAAAAAUAUGGAGUCACCACGGUUGUGAGAGUUUGUGAGGCCACCUAUGAUGCCACCCUGGUGGUGAAAGAGGGAAUCCAGGUUCUGGAUUGGCCGUUCGACGAUGGAGCUCCUCCCUCCAACCAGAUCGUGGAUGAUUGGCUGAACCUGCUAAAGCUGAAGUUCAGGGAGGAGCCCGGCUGCUGCAUCGCUGUGCACUGUGUAGCAGGGCUGGGGAGAGCUCCUGUUCUGGUGGCACUCGCUUUAAUUGAAUGUGGGAUGAAGUAUGAAGAUGCUGUCCAGUUCAUUCGACAGAAGCGCAGAGGAGCAUUCAACAGCAAGCAGCUGAUCUACCUGGAGAAAUAUCGUCCAAAGAUGCGCCUGCGUUUCAAAGAUUCUAACGGCCAUCGCAAUAACUGCUGCAUCCAAUAGAGCCAAACAUUGAGCCACGCCAACCCCUCCCCAACCUACCCUCCAACACAGAAGAGUUUAAUUAAACCUUGCUAGCUUAUAACCUGGCAGGCUUCCUUUUUUUUUUCUUUCUUUUUUUUGGUUUUUCUUCAUUGUGUUGAAGUAUUUUAAUUUGGAAAACCAUGCUUGGUAAAUGAAAUUUCCCCCUCCCUUUCUAGUUUCAAAAUUAAAUGUCAAAAAAAAUGAAAAACAAGAGUUGUGUGAACAGAGUUUUUUCUUCAUGUGCCCAGAAAAAAAAAUAGGAAGAGUCGUGUAUCAUUGUAAGAUGUUGGAUUAACUGUUUUCUGCAAAUGCAUCCCAAAGAUUUUGAUUGGCCCGUGCAUUCACAUUGCCUGAAAAUGUGUUCAAAAAAAGAAAGAAAAUAGAAAAAAGAAAUGUUUUCUUCAUGUGAAAAAUUAUGUGUACCCUGUUCAAUUUUAGGAUUCAGUUUCAAGACUGACUAGAAAGAGGUAUGCCUUUCUUCAAAUCAGAUGGAUCAUCCAUAAAUGCCUUACAAUCGGAAGUGGAACAAAGGCAAUCGAGCGGGAGUCGGCUCCUGUUGGCAUUUGGAAAAGGUGUUUCAUUUUUCUACUUGGAACAAAAAAAAAAAAACCUAAACUGUUGCCUUUGUCUUGUGCAGGAAGUCUUACACACACUUAUGCCCUUUCAGUAACUAUUUUUUAUUAUAAAUGCUUAACUGUUGCAAUAUUUGUCAAUUGAAAGUCUAGGAACUUUUUAGUCUUUAUCAGACCUUCUGUUUACUUAUUAACUGCCAUGUUAAAAUAAAAAUGUGAUCUUUUUCAUUUUUCCUUUUUUUUUUUUUUUUUUUGGUUUAUUUUUGUUUUGUUUGUGUGUGUGCGCUUCAAACUGGACUUCCAACAUCUGCAAUAUUUUGUAUGCCUUUUUAUUUGAUGUCCAUAACUUAAGACUUGGAUACUUGAUGAUUUUAUGUAUUUGAAAAUGUGUACUAUUAUUAUUAGGUUGGCUAUUUAUACUAUCAAUGGAUGUGUGAUUUAGUACAGUGAGCAAAAAAGUUUUACCUGUUCACCAACUUGUGAGAGUACAUUAAAUGAUACACUGAAAAAAGA